AGAGGAUUACAAGUAAAGUUAGACUUAAUGCAAGAGCUUAACUAAUAAUUUCAUCACGUAACUUCAAACGUAAUCCUUCGAAUUCCUGCUUUUUCCUUUUCUCAUUUUUAAUCCUAUUCAGGGCUGCACUGAAAAUAAAUAAUAGUUUCACAUCGUUUAUUCAGCAUUACGUAAACAUGUUUUUAUCAUUGGAUUAUACAGUUUCGCUCAUUACAUACCCCUUGCAGAAUAUGCAAGAUAUGAAUCAUUUUAACAAAAUAAGGGAUCAUAAAUUACUUGCAUUGUUAUUAAAAAGUCAUUUUUUUUCCCCCAUUUUUAAAAAUUUUAGUACUGUCCUGAAUAAGCAGUUUAACGUAGCAGAUGUUUGUCCUGAGCAGUUCAGGAACCUCCCUUUCUGCACAUUCUUUGGUUUUCUAGCACUCGUUCUCGUUUCUUGGAACUCGUUCCAACAGUGACUUUAUGAAUUUUAGAUGUAAAACUUUUUAGAUGUGUAAAUAUGGCUGUAAACUUUCUUUUUUUUUUUUGGAUGACUAGAGCUGAACUUAUUUUUUAUUCUGGGAAACGUGUAAAUAUUUUAUUUAGCUUUUAAUGGGCAGUACCAAAUAUGUACUAAAUUCUACAUAUAGUGCUGAAAAUGUAUGAUCUUUAAACAAAACAAGAAAAAAGAAUUCAAACUGUUCAAAAGUUCACAUCCCCAGCUCUUAACGCAUUGUGUGUCCUUCUAGACCAUCAGUGUUUGUUUUCACCUUUUGUAGCUGUUGUAUAGAAUUUCCUCAACUGUCUCUAGUGUGAAAAAAUGGAUCUCAAAAUCACACAGUCACUGUUGGAAAGGGCUAUAAUUUGCAGAAGAUGCUAGAAAACCAAAGAAUGUGCAGGACUACAUGAUAAAUCACAAAUAUAAAGUACUCAGAUAAUACACUCUUAAAAAUAAAGGUGCUUCACGAUGCCAUAGAAGAAUCUUUAACAUCUGAAGAACCUUUCUGUUUCACCAAAGGUUCUUUGUGGCGAAAGAAGGUUCUUCAGAUUAUAAAAAGGUAAGAAAGAGAUGGUUCUUUAAAGAAAGGUUCUUUCUUUGUGGAACCAAAAAUGGUUCUUCUAUGGCAUCACUGUGAAGAACCUUUUAAGCAUUUUUUUUUUUAAAAGAGUGUAUCUAAUAAAACAAUUUAAUGAGAUUAAAUGAUGGUUUGUGUUUCAGCAUAAGUAAGUGACAUAUAAAAAUAAUGAUUAAUAUAAUGAUAUACUAGUGCCAAUUAUUAACACACAAGGUCCAGUGCUAGGAUGGCAUCUUUGUGGUUAAUGCAAUAUUUAUUUUAGAACUCUUCAAGGACAUUUUGAUUUUCUUUAAGUUUCUUUGGAUAAUAGACAUUUGCCCAGAACAAAGUGUAAGCCUGUGACAUAUGUUGUUCUUUCCUCUCUUACUAAGGUUCUUCCCUGAUCUGACCCUCUCCUUUAAUAAAUCCACAUCUUCAUUUAUCCUACCAUCUGUCACAGGGAUCUCUUACUCAUUUCUGCUUUAUAUAAUUUUCUCAAUUUCAUUCUAAUCCCAAAAGAUUUCUUGUUCUUGGUUACUGAUCCCUGUUUGCCCUUUAUAAACCACCUCUGCCUUCACUUUGGGUAGCAUGUUGGACCACAUGUCCAGGCGUUCUCGCUCCCUGCUCUCUCUUUUCCUGACCUCCCUUGCCCUCGCAUUAUCUGUGCUGGCAUUCUGUACAUCGUACUGGUGUGAAGGAACGCACAAGGUGGUCAAACCUCUCUGCUUGUCACCUGUCAAGAUGAAGAACUGCGGCCAGAACAACAGUGAACCGUACGCAACAGAAAGCCCCACCUCGGAUCCACGGAACCCGCUACCAACAUUAUCACCAAAGCGAAGGGAGGAACUAGCCAGGAUUCGACAAAGACAAUUGGCCAAUGCAGUGCACUACAUUUGGGAGACAGGAGAAGACAAGUAUACCUUCAGAUAUUUCCACACAGGAUUUUGGGAGUCCUGUGAAAAACAUGCUGAUGGAGAACGAUGUCGCCGGUUCUUGGAUCUUACUCCUGGAGAGACUCAUGGUGUUCUGUGGUUGUCAAUGAUUGCUGAGUUCAUGUACAUCAGUUUGCUGGGCAUGGGCUUUCUACUCAUGUGGGUGGAAGUGUUGUGUGCUCAUAAAGAAAUGCACGCACUCAAAAUCAACGCUUUCGCAGCCAUAUGUACAGUGCUCUCAGGACUCUUAGGGAUGGUGGCUCAUAUGAUGUACACCACCGUAUUCCAGCUAACUGUGAUUGUGGGUCCCAAAGACUGGAGACCUCAGACGUGGGACUAUGGCUGGUCAUUUGCCUGCUGCAUGGGUGCUGCAGUUAUGACCCUUAAUUCUUACACAAAAACAGUCAUUGAGUUACGUCACCGCCAGAGGCUUCGAUUAGAGGAGGCCCGUGCUACAAGCCAUGCGCCAUCCUAUGAUGAGGUGGUCCCAGGUGGAGGGCUGUACUCUGUCAGCGGCCUAUUACAGUGCCCAAAUGGGAUGAUAGACUCUAUGUGGGCAUCCAAUGGGAGCAUGGGACUGGAGCAAGAGAGGGAUGUGCCCACCCUGGUACUGGUUGGAGGAUGUGGACAAGAUUCGUGUGAGGACUGUGAAAGAGAGAUGGAUGAGAUGAAGGAGGCCAUGAAUGGAAUAGAUUCUCCUUGUUAAUCGUGGAUGAUGUGAGUUGAGGGGCUAGUUCACUCAAAAAUGAAACAUUUUGUCAUUAUUUAGUCCCCAUCAUGUUAUUGCAAACCUAUGUGGCUUUCUUUCAUCUGUGGAACACAAAAGAAAAUAACUUGAAGAAUGGUAGGAAUCAAACUGAUUUGUUUACCACUAACGCCCAGUGGAUGGAGAUUUUUUCUUUUAGAAGGGGCAGGAACUGAGGUCUCUGAGGUCCCACUAUUAUGUUAUCAAGAUUUUCACAUUAAAAAUGUCAUAAUUUAGAAGUAAUAGGCUAUUUUCUGUCCUGUUUUUGACCCCCCCUCAUCAGAACGCUGUUUGAAUAGGCGUGGCAGAUUGUAGACUCGAAAGUAAACGCCCACAGCUAUGAUUGGCUAACAGUUGUGUAUGUUUGACAGUUUACAUCCUUCACAGAUGGAUGCUGCAGUGAUUUAGGUUUAAAAUGCAUAAAUACUCAAUACAUAUCAAACGAUCUGUUUAACAGACAAAGCAAUAGUGACCACAUAAUAAAAAACAGUUACUCGCACUUGUGUGGUGCGACAUUACUGUCAGAUCCAAUAUAGCCGGCACAGGCUAUCUUUUAGUCUCAAUCUUUCCGAAAAUCCCACAUCGAAUUGUGCCUUGUUUAUAAAUGAAUCCACGUUAAAAUGAAUUGAACAAAGGACCAAGUUCUUACUGGCACGGUCUGGAACUUCAAUAAAAAUAAAGUUCAUUCACUCUUUCCUAACGCUGGGAUCAGAAGGAAGGCAAUGCAAAGAAUGUUUAUCCACAACUUGGCACUGCAAAGUGUCUUGUUGUCUUCAGAGCCAUCUUUAUUGUUUGGUUUCUGCAUAGACCUGCGUGUUCACCUCUCUCAUAAACAUUAAAUGCAUGAAUUGGUGGGCGGGGCUAAACAGGCAGCGAUGUAGAAGCAGGUGUUGAUCAUCGUCGUUUUGGCAGACUGGCUUCAAUAUGAGCUGUUUUUAGACUAACUAGAAAGUUUUGAGUUCUGAAACGGAUGCUUUUAUAGUACAAUGACCUCUUAUAUGUCAAAAGAUGAAGGGAUUUUGAUUUCUUAGUUCAUGACCCCUUAAUAUCUUCUUUUAUGUUCCACAGAAUACCGGUUUGGAAUGACCUGGGAGUGGGUUAAUGAUGACAGAAUUUUCAUUUUGGGUGGAAUAUCCCUGUAAUUACUGUAGUUUUUAUAACAAUGGCCUUGUAUGUUUUGUUUGCCUGAUUAACUGACUGACUAGCAAAAACUGUCUAUGCAAAAUGUCAUUAUAGAUGAUUUUUUCAGGUAUGUCUGUGGCUGAAAUUCAGUCAGUAUGUGAUAUUGUACUGUAUGCAGACACACAGAAGGUGUGAGGAAGAUGUCACUCUGUGUGUGAGUGGAUUUCCAAGUGUGAGGAUUCAGGAAAAUUUCAUUUGUAUAUUGAAAGGUAUAAGACUUUUGAGUGGAUUACACUGAGAUUUUGUCAGAUCACAAAGCCUGUUUUAUUUUCAUUUUAAAUUGUAACCAAAAACAUUUUCUGUAAUAUCUCAUAUUUUCUUCUGUAUUGUAUUGUUUCUUUUAUUUGGUUUAGAAUUGACACCCAAACCAUAAUGAAUAAAUAAACAAACAAAAAAAUAAAAAAUAAAUUAAUAAAUACAAUAAUAAUGUAAAUGUUAAUGUAAAAAUUCUAAAGUAUUGCUUGAAAUAUCUACUAAAUGUGGAAUUGUUGCAAUCAUCAAAUGGUGUGGUUUACUCUCACUUCUGAGAGCAGUACUGUAUGAUAUUGUAAGAAUUAUGCAAGUUUUGCAUAACAUUCAUUCUAUAGGUCUUUAACAACUGUAUACUUGUACCAGGAGUGUACAUAUUGUGUUCACGUCGAAUAGCAAAACGGUUUUGCUGCUAUUGAUUUGGGAUGUGGUUAAGGUUAGGGGCAGGUUUGGUGGUAUAGGUUUAAGAGUGGGUUAAGGUGUCAACACUACUUAGAGACAUAACUACAGAAAUUAAUUACAGAUGUAAUAACAGGAAGAUAUUUUUUAAAUAUAAGUACAAUAUUAAACAUGCAUGUACAUAUUAAGUGCAUUGUAUCAAAUUAUCAAAUUUAAAUGUAAAUUCAAGCAUAGUAGUUAAAUAUUCCUAGUGUCCCUUGUAUUUUCAUCAGUUGUCUUAAAUUUAAGUUAUGACAAAUAUUUAGUAUGGCAAAACAAAGAAAAUGAUUAUAUAUUAAAGAAAUCCAAAAUACGAAAUAGAGAGAGGGAGGCUGCACUAGGAAGUUGGAGGAGAUUUUGAAAAGUCUUCUUUGCAAUGUUGGACAGACGAUUAUGUCAGUAAUCCUAACUUGGACUAAGGCAGUGAGGGAAUUGACGGUUAGUAAACAGUGUUACAAAGAUUUUUUAGAGAUUUUUUUAAGAGACUCUCUCCAACAAAGUAUUGCAAACCUGCUCAUAUACAGACUCACACUUACCUGUGUGCCAAAGUAUAUAUCUGACCCAACUUUGCCAUGCAUUGACACAAAGAUAAUCCAGGAUUACGUUUAAAUAUUGCCACGGAAUGUUAAACCUCUCGGCCGCUAACAGACCGUUCGAGAUUAUUGUGCUGCCCAUUCCAGCGGUUCACUUGAACUCUUCACCUCACCUAAUCAUUUACACACAAAUUCACACAUAAAUACACAGAACAGUGAAACUCUUAGUAACACUAACAGUUUCAGUUUUAUUCCACAGAAGUUGACAUCAAAAAAACAGAUUUGCAUAAUACAAAUGGCAAAGGUUAUUGUAUUAUCAUGCUGGAUGAUAAGUUUGGAUGAAUUAUGUUUUGUUGAUUUUCCACACAGUCUAGUGGCUUU